CUUCCUGACUCGGCGUUCUCCGCCCAAUCGACAUCGAGAGACGACCAGCGACGAUGAGCAACCUGUUGACGUCGGAGAGCCUGCAAGGGCGGACGCUCUUUGCGAUUCCAAAAAAGGGACGGCUCUACGAAAAGUGCUUGGAGCUGCUGGGCGGCGCGGACAUUCAAUUCAAGCGACAGCACCGUCUCGACGUGGCCCUCGUGCAGAACCACAACAUGGCUCUCGUCUUUCUCCCCGCAGCAGAUAUUCCCCGCUUCGUGGGCGAGGGCAACGUCGACCUCGGCAUCACUGGCCAGGACAUGGUCGCCGAGGCAGGCGACCGCGUCUCGUCGCUCAUCACCGAGGAGCUUCCGUUGGGAUUCGGAAAGUGCCAGCUGCAGGUGCAGGUGCCAGAGGCAAGCACGAGCCUCAAGACAGUCGAGGACCUGGUGGGGAAAAAGGUGGCUACGUCGUUUGAUUUCCUUGCCGGUGAAUUCUUUGCCAAGCUCGACGCCAAAGUCAACGAGGCGAGAAGCGCCAAAGGAGAGGCAGAGGUCAAGACGAAGAUCGAGUAUGUGGGAGGAAGCGUAGAGGCCGCUUGUGCCCUGGGCGUGGCUGAUGGUAUUGUCGACCUGGUCGAAUCCGGAGAAACAAUGCGGGCGUGUGGGCUGCACGCCAUCGACACGCUCCUCUCCUCGCAGGCUGUGUUGAUCCGGCCCACGACGCCGCACAAGCGCAGCGACACGGACCUCGUCAACCUCAUUGCCCGCCGGCUCCAGGGAGUCAUUGCUGCGAGCAAGUACGUGCUGGUGCAGUACAACACGCAGAAGGAGAACCUGGACAAGGUGCUCAAGAUCACGCCGGGGCGACGGGCCGCUACGGUAAGCCCGCUUGAUGACCAGGGAUGGAAUGCUGUCUCGUCGAUGGUUCUCCGAAGCGACGUGGCAAAUGUGAUGGACGCACUCGAGGCACAGGGCGCACACGACAUUCUCGUCGUCGCACUGGCAAACUGCCGCAUCUGAAGAGACCAAAUCCUUUAAUUACACACAACUACUGUACAGCAGCUUCCCUUUCUCGAUACGACUAGAAUGAGAAAGAGAGAUAGACGAUGUUGG